AUUCAUCCUGCUUAAUACUUGUAUUUGCUUUAUGGUAUCAGAGCCUGCAAUUCAUUGAAUUGCUUCGGUCAUUUUUUUUUCUUCUUUUCUCAAAUGGGAGACCAUGCCAAUAGCUCAUCUCAUUCUGCUGGUGUUAUUCCUACGAAUAACUCUCCCACCCCACAAUUAAUCUCCUUAAAUGCCUCAUCUCAAAUUCCAAUUAAACUUUCCAAUGAUGGAAGCAAUUACUCAUCAUGGAAAUCUCAAAUGACUAAUCUCCUCUUUGGCUAUGACCUGCUAGGCUAUGUCGAUGGUUCUACUCCAUGUCCUGAUAAAUCUGCACCUAAUCUCAGCUUCUGGAAUCGUCAGGACCGCCUUGUUCUCCUGACACUUCAAUCAACGGUUUCUGGCCCGGUAGGCCCCAUCAUCAAUAGCUGGCAGACCUCAGCGGAAGCAUGGGAGAAACUUGAAUCCAGCUUUGCCAAUACAUCCAUCACCAGGAUGCUCUCACUGCACAACACCCUAGCCACCACAAAGAAAGCUGGAAAAUCCGUUACAGAAUACAUGGGAAUUAUGGAAGGGUUAGUUGAUGAUCUUGCCACUAUUGGUCACCCCGUCUCAUCCGGCCAAGUCAUGUCAUAUGUUCUUAAUGGAUUUGGGCAAGAAUAUAAGGAAACAAUUUCUGCUCUCCGAAUUCAGCCAACGCCUCUCACGCUUUCCACCCUUCGUCAUCAUCUCCAACAAGCUGAAAUUUUGGCCGGUGACAACCCCGACACCUCUAUAUCUGUCCAGUACUCUCAACGGCGAAGCAACAAUUUCUCUCGUGGCAGAGGGGGCAGAGGUCGCGGUCGACACACCUCCUCCAACCCAAAUCCUCAUCAACACGGAUUUGGUUCUCAAGCAAGCAACUCUCGUUCAACCGUCAUCUGCCAACUUUGUGACAAACAUGGUCAUACGGCAUGCACUUGUUACAACCGUAAUACUCCUUCUGUUAAUAUGACAGACAAAUCACCAAAUGCAGAGGCAAAUGCAGGAUGGCUUCUAGAUACCGGUGCCACACAUCACGUUACCUCGGAUCUGAACAACCUGGCUAUUCACUCAGACUAUUCUGGCAAUGACUCUGUUAUCAUGGGAGAUGGAUCUAACCACAUGGGCAUCCUUGGCCCGCGGCCGGAGUAAAAACAAUUUAUACAUAUGGCCAGAACAACCAUCUCCACUCAUGUCUCAUAUCUCUUCCAACAUAUGGCAUCAACGCCUUGGUCACCCAACUCUCUCAGUCCAGAAUCGCAUUCUUUCAUCAAAUAAAACGCAUGUUCGUCAAGACAAGUUCCCGUGUCAACCAUGCCUUCAAGCCAAGAGUCAUAAAUUACCUUUUCAUAAGUCUACAAUAAAUUGUAAUCAUCGGUUUGAGUUUAUUUUUUUCUGAUGUUUGGGGUCCAGCUCCCGUUUCUGCUAUUCAUAAUACUAAAUUCUAUGUCAUCUUUGUUGAUUAUUACACAAAGUACUAUUGGUUAUUUCCUCUCAAACAUAAAUCUGAAGUUUAUUCUGUUUUUAAUAAUUUUCGUGCACUCAUUGAAAAUUAUUUUAAAACCACUAUUAAAACCUUGUAUACCGACGGCGGCGGGGAGUUUACUGCACUCACACCCUUAUUAUCCCACCAUGGCAUACAACAUCUUAAAUCACCACCCUACACACCCGAACAUGUCGGCUCUGCCGAACGCAAACACCGACAUGUCGUUGAAACUGCUUUAGCACUCAUACUUCAAGCUAAGGUUCCCCUCUAUUACUGGCCGUAUGCCUUUAAACAUGCCACUUAUCUUAUCAACCGCAUGCCCACUCCUACUCUCCAAAAUGAUACCCCUUAUCACAAAUUAUUUGGGGAUAUGCCUGACUAUUCCUCUCUAAAAGUAUUUGGAUGUUUAUGCUAUCCCUGGAUGCGCCCCUAUACCAAACAUAAACUUCAACCUCGGUCUGAACCAUGUGUAUAUCUUGGUUUUUCUACCACCCACCAUGCUCAUCAAUGUUUACAUCCUCAAACCCGUCGUAUAUAUCUCACUCGCCAUGCACUUUUCUUUGAAAAAUAUUUUCCAUACAAUUCCCCAAAUUCCCAACCUCCCUC